ACAUCAUCAUAACAACAAGACAAGCAACCUUAACAUCUCAUUUUUUGCAAUCUUACAUCCAUACAAUAUACUUUGAAUAAAUUUCUUCCUUCUUAGUAUAAGUUAUAACCCGUAUAGACUAGUCACUCCCAACAACCAAAACACAAUCCAAAAAAAAAGAGAUAUUUUAGAGAGAGACUAAAAUGGCAUCUCCGAUCAAAACAAUAGUAGUUCUAGUCCAAGAAAACCGGUCAUUCGACCACAUGCUAGGAUGGAUGAAAACCCUAAACCCGGAAAUCAACGGCGUCACGGGCACCGAAUCCAACCCGCUACCCGGCUCCAACGGCCUCCUCUUCCAAGACGGGUCGGCCUACGUCAACCCGGACCCGGGCCACUCCAUCCAAGACGUCUACGAGCAAGUCUUCGGCGUGGAGUGGACCCCGGAGACCGCGGCCUCAAACCCCGAACCCACCAUGACCGGCUUCGCCCAAAACGCGGAGCGAAAAGAGGCCGGCAUGUCCUCCACCGUCAUGAGCGGCUUCUCCCCGGACUCCGUCGCCGUCUACAAGGAGCUCAUCUCCGAGUUCGCCGUCUGCGACCGCUGGUUCGCGGCGGUCCCGGCCUCGACGCAGCCCAACCGCCUCUUCGUCCACUCCGCCACCUCCAGCGGCGCCUCCAGCAACGUCACCAGCCAGCUCAUCGCCGGCUACCCGCAGAAAACCAUCUUCGAGUCAUUGCACGAAGAGGACUACACCUUCGGAAUCUACUACCAAUACCCGCCGUCCACAUUGUUUUACCGGAAUCUGAGACAGCUCAAGUUCAUUUUCAACUUCCACCAGUUCGAUCUGUCGUUCAAGCGCCACUGCGAGGAGGGGACGCUGCCGAACUAUGUGGUGGUGGAGCAGCGCUUCUUCGACUUGGCGGUACUUCCCGGGAACGACGAUCACCCGUCCCACGACGUCUACGAGGGCCAGAAGUUCGUGAAGGAGGUUUACGAGGCGCUGAGGGCGAGUCCGCAGUGGAAUGAGAUGCUGUUUGUGAUUAUUUACGAUGAGCACGGUGGAUUUUACGACCACGUUCCGACUCCGGUCACGGGCGUUCCUAGCCCCGACGGGCUUGUGGGCCCCGAGCCGUACAAUUUCCAGUUCGACCGCCUUGGGGUUAGGGUUCCGGCCAUUUUUAUAUCCCCGUGGAUCGAGAAAGGCACCGUUGUACAUGGGCCUUCAGGGCCAACUCCAACGUCAGAAUUCGAGCACUCGUCUAUACCGGCAACCGUUAAAAAGAUAUUCAAUCUAAAGGAGUUUUUGACGAAACGAGACGAAUGGGCUGGCACUUUUGACGUUGCUUUGAACAGGACCAGCCCUAGAACCGAUUGUCCUGUGACCCUAGGUGAACCAUCGAAACUGCGGGAGGCAGAGGCGAACGAGGCUGCGAUACUAUGCGAUUUCCAAGAAGAUCUGGUGCAGUUGGCCGCGGUUCUGUGCGGUGACAAGCGCAGCGAGGCGGACUUCCCACCCGAGCAAAUCGCGGAAAUGACGGUGGCACAAGGAGCCGAGUAUGUGAAGACUGCGUUCGACAAAUUCCUGAAUGAAUGCAACAAGGCCAGGGAAGAAGGCGCCGAUGGAUCCACCAUUUGCAUACCACCUAAAACCGGCGACGCCGCUGCCAAACCGGCUGAUUCCAACUCCUUCGCCUCCAAAUUGAUCGAUUGCCUUGGUUGUGGUCGUGAUUGAUUCCUUCAUUUCAAUGUUUUUGUGUAUUUUAAUGGUUCUCGCUUUUUCUUUUCUUUUUUUUUAACUGGAUGCGUUAAUUCCUUGUUUUGUUUCGUUUGUGGCUGCUGUUCAAGUGUUUUGAUGCUAGUAGCGUACACAUGAUUAUAUGUGUUGUGUCGAAUUUGAUUCGUAAUUUUCUACUCCAUUUUGUACUUUCUAUUUCAUAAGACAAAAGGUCGCACCAUUUUGUGAUUUCUA